GUGCCUCGCGCUGUGUCCUAUGGGUAGGCGGCCCCGGCAGCGCAUGCGCGUUGGGCUGCUGCCUGCGGGAAAAUGGUGCUCAUCAAGGAAUUCCGCGUGGUCUUGCCCUGCUCGGUGCAGGAGUACCAGGUCGGACAGCUGUACUCCGUGGCCGAAGCCAGCAAGAACGAGACGGGAGGCGGAGAAGGCAUCCAGGUCUUGACCAACGAGCCCUAUGAGAAGGACGGGGAAAAGGGCCAGUACACGCACAAGAUCUACCACCUGAAGAGCAAAGUGCCUGGCUUUGUGCGGAUGUUUGCUCCAGAAGGCUCCCUAGUAUUUCACGAAAAAGCCUGGAAUGCCUAUCCUUACUGUAGAACAGUCGUGACGAAUGAAUACAUGAAAGAGGAUUUUUUUAUCAAAAUUGAGACUUGGCAUAAGCCUGACUUGGGCACGUCGGACAAUGUCCAUGACUUGGAUCCCAAUACAUGGAAAAAUGUGGAAGUUGUCCAUAUUGAUAUAGCAGACAGAAACCAAGUGGAGCCUGGAGACUACAAAGCUGAUGAAGACCCUGCCUUGUUCCAGUCGGUCAAGACCAAAAGAGGCCCUUUGGGGACUGACUGGAAGAAGGAGUUGGCAGCCGCUGAAGAUUGUCCCAAGAUGUGUGCUUACAAGCUGGUGACCAUCAAGUUUAAGUGGUGGGGCUUGCAGAAUAAAAUUGAAAACUUCAUUCAGAAGCAAGAAAAGAGGAUAUUCACCAACUUCCAUCGGCAGCUUUUCUGCUGGAUUGACCGAUGGAUUGACCUGACGAUGGAAGACAUCCGGCGAAUGGAGGAUGAAACCCAAAGAGAGCUGGAGGCGAUGCGUAAGAAGGGUUGUGUCCGAGGAACAUUGGCUGCCAGCGCCUAGAGGAAGCCCUCGGUAGGGUCAGAGGCAGGCAAAUAAUCCCACUAUGUAAGUGACCGCCCUCUUCUGGUAAAGAAACGCAGGUUUUGGUAAUGUCCGUAUUGGCUCCCGCUGGUCGUGGGCUCUUUCUCACUCUCUCUCCCCCCCCCCCCCACCCCUGUUUUUCGUUGUGGGGCAGAGCUCUCAGUGUUGCCUAAGAGUCUCCCAACUUGCUCCUUUCCCAAAUCCGGCAGUUUGAGGUUUGGAUUCAGAAUUAGGCUCCCGAGCAGUGGGGCUCCCUGAUUCACACAGCAGUUUGUGAGCAGGAGAAGGAGCAUCCUUUGGCAACCUCGUGGUUUAACUGGGGGGAAAGGCUGGUUAUUUCUUGCGGCUUUCAUUUUUUCCUUCUUUGUCACCUGUGUCAGAACACAUUGCUGUAAUCUAGACGGGUUUUCUCAGGCUGGCCCUGGCAGAAGUAAUUCCAAGUAAGUUCAAGGACAGCCUCUUCCUAAAUAAGUAAGCACCUGCAAAGCCCCGUCUUCUGUCCUUUCCUCCUCCUCCUCCUCCUCCUCCUCCUCUCCCCCCAAACAUCCCUCCAGGCUCUGCCACGUCCAGCAUUGCUGCUGCUGCUGCUGCUUGCAGCCUCAGUUCACUCCUCUCUGCUCGAAUUGCUACCCGGGUCAUAUCACAAUAUUUCUUUUAGGAGGAGGCCGGAGCUGCUGAUGGUCGCAUAUCUUCAGGCAAAGGCUCUGCCAGGAGAAAUGGGCAAAAUAAUCUCUAAUUCUUUCAUUUAAUCCUCUUUUAUUUGAGAGCCACCACUGAAAGUGAUUGAUCUUUCUCCCCCUCCCCCAGCUGCGCAAUCAAGGAGAAGUAAGAGGGACAAGUGCGGCUAAUGACGAAUGAAGAAAAGCAUCUGGUGUCACGAUCCACCCUUGCGGUGUGAGUGGGUGCACAGUUCUUUACACAUUUGUGCAUGCAUGCACACAGAAACAUGUACACAUACACACUGGGUGCACCCUCGUACUGAGCCGCUGCUCCAAGGCACCGGGAUUUCCCCAAGAGGCCCUGCCUUUCUGCUGUAUAUCCAAAGCUAAUUAAGCCCAACCAGUGUCAAUUAAUGGAAGAAGAGAAUGAAUUAUAUCAAUUGGAACAUUUUGAAACUACAGAUGCCGGACCAAUUUACUAUAUCUUUUAUAAUAUACACGAGAGAUUCUCCUUGCUAAGACUCAGUUAUUCCUGUUUAGAUUGUUAGAUGUGCAUCAGCAAUUAAUUUUCCAAUUUGUUUGGUUCAUUCAUGAUUUGGUAUAGACAUUCUGAAUGUAUUUAAAGAUAUUUAUUUCUGAAUUAUCUCUUGAAAUCGGAUCAUUUCUACUAGUAAGGAUCAAUUUCUUGCUAUUAAGUUUUGUUUUUUUACAACAAAACAUUUUCACCCAUUUGCUGCGAAGAGAUCUAUUUUAUUGGAGUUUUGUAUAUAAAGAGCUGAGGGUUUCUUCAUUAGAAUU